GGCAGCUGACUUUCAAGGAAUCAGAUUUCUGUUUAUGUCCAUAAAAGUUCAGUAAUUGUGCUUCAUCAUCACAUUUUAUGGUCUCCUUUAACUGAAAAAUUUCCUUAGCUCUCUCAAACUCAGGCCUUUCUUUUUUCUUAACAAUUUCGAUUAAUUAGCACAGGGCGACGAGGUGGCCAUCCUCACAUCACAUCACAGAUCAAGUAAGAUGAGUUCAUGUUUUCCCCGAAAUGACGAUAAUAAUUUGAAGAAUGGUGCAAUGUUUACUGAAAACGUUGAUUGCCACGUGUAAUGGCAAAUGUAAUCCUAUUCGUAGUUUCUCCAAGAAAGAGCUCGGAAAGCAACUAUUAAUUAUGACAAUUAGAGAUUAAUUACAAGAAAUAAAAUUUUUUAUAGGUUGUACAAUGGCUUUCUACAAGACCGCCAGAUUUGUGUCAUGAAGUUUGAACCCAUUUGCUUCCCACACGAAGAAGAAGUAAUCCAACGGGGCAUCAAUAACAUUGUAUUUGCAGCACAAAUGAAACAUAAGAAUUUUCUGAAGUUGAUCGGAUGUUGUUUAGAAACUCGAUUUCCCAUUCUAGUUUUUGAUUUUGUUGGAUGUAUUACACUUGCUGAUCGUAUUUGGGGUCAUUCUCAACCACAUCUUGGACCUUUAUUGUUGAAACUCAGGUUAAAGAUUGCAAUGGAGAUAGCUCAUGCACUUGCAUAUCUUCACCUUGGAUUCCCUAGACCUAUUGUUUUUGGAAGUCUCACCCCAGGGAACAUUUUACUUGAUGAGCAAUAUGUUGUAAAACUAUUUGAUUUUUCAGUAUCUGAGUUUAUUCCAGAGGGUCAAACUCACUUGGAAGUCCCUUGGACGGAAAAAGUAUGGUAUGAAUAUAUUCCACCCGAACUUUUACUUGAAAUAGCUUCCAAAAGGAAUUCUGCUACCAAUGAGAAGUCUGAUGUUUAUGCCUUUGGUGCAUUGCUGUUUAUGCUUUUGAGUGGACAGAGCUUAUUAAACUUUCUCAAGAAUAAAGGUUUGCAGAUAGAGGAUAUUGGACCUGAUAAUCUAAAUGAGAUAAUAGAUCCGGCAAUUAUUGGAGAGGGAAUAUGUUCGGUAAAAGAACAACAAUUGCUAGCUCUUGCAAGGCUGGUGUCCGAAUGUCUCUGUCUUGAACCAGAAAUCUGCCAAAUAUGAUGGAUGUGGCAAAACAACUCAGAAAAAUGUACAAGUCUAGUUAGCAUAUCAUCAGUUCAUGUAUGAGGAUUCUGCUUUCCUUAUUUAUGGAUGUGUUAGUAAUUCAUGCCUUCAUUGCCAUGGCAUAGUUGAAAACAUUCAAAUAAACUAUUUCUUAAGUU